CACAAAUAGAAAUUCAUAUCAACCCGCCAAAACACAAUACUAAUUGGCAAUGGUGGCUUCGAUGUUCCGGGGUCUCGCAUGGGCUUUUAUCCUAGUUCUAGCUGACAGCGUCGCGUCUGCAGCGGCUACGAAGCCGUGCCCGACAUCAUCCAAGUUCACGGUCAGGUUCUACAAGUACACCUGUCCGGCUGCGGAGUCUAUCAUCAAGCAGACUGUGUAUGAAGCCGUCGCCAAAAAUCCGGGAAUGGCGGCCGGACUCCUCCGCCUACAUUUCCACGAUUGCUUUGUUAGGGGUUGCGAUGCGUCGGUGCUCUUGAAAUCGACUCCUAAAAACCCGGCGGAAAGAGACCAUCCGGCCAAUAACCCUAGCUUGAGAGGCUUCGAGAUCAUCGAUCAGGCUAAGGCCCGACUCGAGGCUGUGUGUCCCAAGACGGUCUCGUGUGCUGAUAUCGUCGCUUUUGCGGCCCGCGACAGCAUUUUCAAAACCGGGGGCAUAUACUAUGACGUCCCCGCCGGACGCCGUGACGGCCGCAUCUCUCGCCUUCCCGAAGUGACCCAAAACCUCCCGCCACCAAACUUCAACGCCCAACAGUUGAUCUCUAAUUUCGCCAGGAAAGGGCUGUCGGCGGAUGAGAUGGUGACCCUCUCGGGAGCGCACUCCAUCGGCAUCUCGCACUGCUCGUCCUUCUCGUCCCGGCUCUACGCGUUCAACACCACGCUCGCCCAAGAUCCUACGUUGGAUCCGGCGUUUGCCUCCUUGUUGAAGACCAAAUGCCCACCCCCGAGCAACGCGACACGAGCAGGCCCGACGGUGCCGCUCGACAGCAUCACGCCCAACGCUCUGGACAACAAGUACUACCUCCAGCUGCUGAAGCUCCGCGGCGUGUUGGCUACGGAUGAGACGCUGUACAAGAGUCCCUCGACUUCCCGGAUGGUCGUGAGCAACGCAGUGAACGGCGCUGCCUGGAGGGUGAAGUUCGCCAAGGCAAUGGUGAAGAUGGGCUCGCUCGACGUGCUCACCGGCACACAGGGAGAGAUCAGGAAGGUGUGCAGCGUGGUGAACUGAGAUCGGCUUCCUCCAUGCAUGGAUACUUUUCCAUGUGGCGCAGAGUCAACGGUUUCAUUUUUUUUUUUUUUUUUAUGAACUUUUGUGAGGUUUUUCCGGUUCGGGUGCUUGAGAUCUUGAACGUUUCUUGAUUGUAAUUUGUUGUGAUUUAUAUCCAAAGGGAUGGAAAUAAUUGAGUGAAGAAGGUAUUGCGACCCUCUAA